GAUCCUUCUCCCUCGUUCGACCUGCUUCCUCAGAAGCUCAAAAGCCGCAAUAACAUCUUCGUCAUCUCCGAAAGAUCCGAAGCAACAUAGUAAUCCUCGAAGUCGUCCUCUUCAUCAUCGAUUCUUCGCCGUCUACCUGAUACCAGCCUUUCCUCCAUGGAAUCAGAAGCAGGCUCGGGUUCGCAGAGCAAGAAUGGACGAAGCGAUCGCCUGAGCGACCACUCGCCGUCGCCGUCGCCGUCGCAUGGCGUCGCCAUCAACGCUCUCCCUCGCGAGAUCGUCGUCGACAUCCUCUCCAGACUCCCCGCGCCGUCCCUGUUCCGAGCCCAGUUCGUGUGCCAGUCGUGGCGGGCCCUGGCGCGGGACCCGCUCCUCCUCCAGCUCCACCGACAUCGCGCGGCGUCGUCCCACGACCCCUCCCUCGUCUUCCACUGCGACCACCCCCUCCGGAGCCAGCUCUACUUCGUCGACGGCGUCUCCGGCGGCGACGGGAGGAACCGCCCGGCGAGGAUAUCCCACCCUCCGUUCGGGGUCGUCACGCCGGAGUUCGACCUCGUCGGGUCGAGCGAGGGGUUGCUCUGCUUGGCGAAUGCUCUGUACAGCGACGACGUCUACGUGUACAAUCCUCUCACGCGGGAGUUCAGGGAGCUUCCGGACUCGGCGGGUCACCAGAGGAAGCGAGAGAUGGUGUUUGGGUUUGGGUUUGACGAGACCGAGAAGGAUUACAAGGUGAUCAAGAUCGUGUAUGCGAUCAUGAUUCGCCAUGGUCGACCGCGGAGGGUUCUCUUGGGCAAUUCGGAGGUUCAGGUCUGCAGUUUGAGAAGCCCGACGUGGAGGAGAUUAGGUAAUGCAACUAAUCACUUGGAAGUGACACCCUCGCAGCCUCUUAUUAACAGAAGACUCCACUGGACUUCAAGAGGCACGCGUUGGAACAUCAGGAUCGUAUCGUUCGACUUGUCCGAUGAACAAUUCAGGGAAGUCCCUGUACCCAAAUCCAUGGAUUUACGCAGGCACAGGUAUCAUCUGGUGGAGCUCAGAGGUUGUCUUUCUGCAGCUGUUCUGUUGCCGAGUGGAGUAUUAAAGAUCUGGGUCAUGAAGGAGUAUGGCAUGAAGGAGUCAUGGAUCAAGGACUACAGCAUUGGAUCUUACCUGCCUAGGGGGCUCCAAAACCACGAACACGAGGAAUCUAAUGACCCAUCUUGCAAGAUCUCCAGAAUUCUGAAGCGCAAAAGGUGUGGAUUAUAUGUGAGGGUCCUGGGGAUGUUGAGGAAUGGCGGGAUCUUGUUGGAGUACCACAACAGAGCUCUGGUUCGUUAUGACCCGAAUUGUGACAAAGCUGUAGAUCUCAUGUUGGAAGGGCUGCCAAAAUGGUUUGAAUCUGGUGUCCUUGUGAGCAGCAUCAGUAGAAUGUGAGUGACUAUUUAUUAGUGCAUAUGUAAAGAUAUCCAUCUCAAUCACAUGUAAUUACUGGCCUGAAAUCUUCAUUUGCGAACGCUAUUUCUUGGGUAAAAAGAACUCAGUUCGCUAA